AUGGCUGAUGAUGAUUCCGAUGACGCUGCUGGAAGUGGACGGGAGAAUGAUGAUGAUGCGCGAGCACAGGCAGCGAUCGAUGCAUCAGAGGCCCAAGCGGCUCGCAGACAUGCCAUCCGGGCCAGAUCUAUGGCAUGGGUCAGGAACCAGGCUACGCAGCGACUCUGCUACCAAUACCUGGCGCAGCAACUGGCGCGUGACGAGCUCAACCAGAGGCGCUCCACCCAGCUUUUGGCGUCUUUCCAGAGGAAGGUACAACAGCAUAAUGCUGACUGGAUCGUCGAAUUUACCUUGCCACAGCUGCCGACUCCUUACAGCGACAAUUUGCGAACAGAUCUGCAGAUGCUGCGCGACAUGUUGGACCAACCAAUACCGUGCAAUGACCUUGUAUGGAUUGCGGGUGUGGGCCAGGCCCACCACCCACCUCGGCCUUUGGUGCUGCGGAAGUUACAGCUCCUUGUCGUCCCGAGGCUGGAGAGACUCCUGCUUCUGGAUCCGGCACGCGAGUAUGCUGAAAGCGUCACCCGCUGCUUUGACCUCGGGUUUUAUCAGGAGACGAUUUCCAACGCCUGGCCUUUCCUGGACAGCACCGGACAAUGUGAGUUCCAGACCUGGUUCCAUCGCUACAUCAAUGGCGAAACUGACGCCCCCCUGGAUCGAACCGGGGACUUGGAGGCAUCAGUAGAGGCAUUGAUCGCAGAGGCGGAGCUAGCCGACCGUAGAGGUUGUCUGCUGACUCCUUCUGAGGAGCUCUCUAGCCUGAAGGAUUACUUCACAGAGCUGUACCAGUCCCAGACUCACCACCAAAGUGUGUAUUACCUGCCUUGGCCAAUGAACAUUAGCCCCGAGGAGGUGCAGACUGCCUUGCGGUGUGUGUCUGGCCGGAAAGCCUUGCCGCCACAGCAUGCGCCGGCCAAAUUGUGGUUGGAUGCGUACCUUCCCAAAGAUGCGCAAACAGGUUACGCUGAUGAUUUCCACAUACAGUGGGAUAUCGAUUGUCUCCGAGAUUUCCGGAAUGCCUGUUCUAUCAUUCCCAAAAUCAUUGCUGACCUGAAAGAACUAGGUGACCCAGCACAGUCCGAUGAAAGUGAGAUAGGCGAUCACCUUCUGCACUGCCCAGAAUGUUUUCAGAAAACCGACGUCCUGCGCUGGGUUCAGAGCAAGCACAGCCUCCAGAAUCCGUGCCAGUGGUGCGGUGCUGCGUACCAGCGCUCAAGUCAGCAGAAGCUUGUGCAGCAUGGUUUCGGUGCCCACACUCCUCUCGGCAGCAGCGGAGGAACAGGACCACACCGGCCCAGUGUACCGGCGGAAGCCUCCACAGCCAACCCGUCCCCGGCACAGAGCGAGCUGGCGGAGGACACCCAGGACAUGGAGUGGGACAAGGACAAGAGACGGGCUCGCUCAGACAACCUGGAGGGGCAGCCAGACCGGUCCAAGUGGGCCAAAGGCGAGGCCAAGGGCGCGGACAAGCCGGACCGACCGGACGACCAGGCCAAGGCAAAGGACGAGCGCUGCCGACAGACAGCGCGGCUCUCCCGGCGGGCAGCGGCGGACACACAGACGUCGGAGCUGAAGGAGAUCGUGAGUGCCAUCGGCCGAUUGCUCAGGUUGGAGGACACCCAAGCAGUGAUGAACUUAGACAACGAGUUCGUUGUUUUCCUCCAAACGUCGGUCACGGGCAAUCCGUGGUCGAUAACGACCGCGCUCUACGAUGUCGCAUGCGAGUGGCAUGCCAAGAAGGAGCAAAGUCCGACCAGCCUCUCGCAGCCGAUGCGAAACGUCCUGCUGUUCUGCAUGCUCAAGAGCCUGCAGGACAAGUUGGAGGAAAUGGAAACCAACUCGACCCUGGUCGAGCAGGCGCGCACCAGAGGUCUGGUAGAAGGGACCAGCUACUUGUUCCUGCAAUGGGACGGCGAGGCCAAGAAACACAUCAAAGCCACGCAGGAGCCAUUGGAGCACAAGGAGGCCAUCGAGACGGUACGCCAGCUGGUCCUGCUGACGGCGUAUCCCAACGUGGUGGGCAGGUUCCAUGCUACCCGUCGCCUGACGGGCAGCAUGGAGUCCGAGAUCGUUCCCUUCACACUCGUGCUGCAGAACCGCAGCGCGGAGAGCCAUCGAUUCCAUGCCCUGUUCUCCAGAUUGGCCAGGCAACAUGAUGCGGCAGAGUUUUUGCAGCAGCAGCUGUCAGCAGCCGCGCACCCGGAUACUCUAGCGUACUCCUGGCAAGCGCGUGUCCAAACGGACGAUCAUUGUGUCCAGGUGGUUGAUCAGGGAAAUCUGUGGCCAAUGCUGGUUCAGGUGCCGCUGACGUUGCCAGGCGCUCAAGACCAGCAGCCCCGAAGCAUCCAGUCGCUAAUAGUGUGCUGGCGCAAUCAGGCUAUGCGACACGCACUUACUGCUACCCCGCCUGUGAUCUGCUUGCAACUCUGCAGAUUUGACUCCCAAGGGUAUAAGAUUAGGUCCCCUGUCUCCCUAAGCGCCGCGGUUUAUAUCCCAGUGUUUGUAGGCCCUGUUCACUGGUCUUGGUACCACAUCCAGCAGAUACCUUGUGCAUUCCGUGGUUUAUCAUCUUGGCGAGUCAAAGCACAGUGGACACUACCGGUGCGGCUUUCUCACAGGAGGCCUCUUAACACACACUGCAGAUGA